UCCCGCCCCACUGCUGCGUUGCGACAGAGACGGAGAAGUCAAACGAGAUGAAUGCAGAAAAUAAUCAUACGGCAGAAACAGAGAAGGAGCAAACGACGGACGGCACCGACACCAUAACCAUUCAGACUACACUGGGAGAUGAAGAUGAUGAUGUCCACAAGUGCGGACGGUGUCAGUUCGAGUUCUCCAGCCUGGAGGCUUUCAUCCAGCACAAACUGCAGCAAAGCUGUAAGCGGCUGGAGACCAACGAGGCAGCUCAGGUCCCUUCAAACAUUCGAAGCUCUACCUUCAAGAUAAAAGCAGAUGGUAUAUCUGCAGGUAUACCACCAGGGACCACCAAUGAUGAAAGCAGUGGUCCGAUGGGUCGAGGUCACAGGAAGAAAAUCGCGUCUAUUAAAGUUGCUGACCAGUCUGAUAAAAUCUCAGCAUUUGUAUCUGAAAACACUGACGGUGAACGACAGGCAUUCAAAGUUAAUCAAGCGGGACGUUACAUUUGCCACCUUUGUGAAAAAACUUUUAAAACUACAAACAUCUUGAGGACUCACAUGAAAACUCACAGUGACCAGAAGAACUUCUCAUGUGAACUGUGCGGGACCUCAUUUCGCACCAAAGGCUCACUGAUACGUCACAACCGUCGGCACACUGAUGAGCGGCCCUAUCGGUGUACCCUCUGUGGACAGUCCUUCAGAGAGUCGGGGGCUCUCACCAGACAUCUUAAAUCUUUGACUCCAUGCACAGAGAAGAUCCGGUUUGUCCAGUACAAGGAAAUCCUGGUCAGCAAGGAUGGAGUGCAGAAAGGUGUUGAAGCUGAUCGAGCCCCAGCAGUUUCCCAAAAAGAGGUGGUAGUUGUGGAGCAGCAAGCAGAAGAUCAGGAGAUGGUGGAGGCUCACGCUGGUGUGGUCAGUGUGGUAGAGGCCAGCUCCCAAGAGGUCCUCCGUCAGGUUCACUUCACAGUGGAGGUUGAUGGAACAACACAGGAGCAGCAGGUGGUGGUUGACCAGUCUCAGGCAGAUGCUCUGGCCGCUGCCGGGGACAGCCUCAUCUGCCAGGCUAUCAUCAAGUCCGGCAUUGCGCUGGGCACAGAGGAAACCGUGGUCGAGGAGGCCUCGCUGACAACGCAAGAGAUGGAUAAAGAUGGUUCCGACCCAACAAAUGUUGAUCAGAGUGUAAUUGAGAUCCAGGUUAAAGAAGAGUUUGAAGAGACGGAGGAGGAGACAGCUGACAACCGAGCAUCUUGUAAACUGUACACUUGUCCACAAUGUAAUCGGUCGUUCAAAGGCUUGAAUUAUUUUCGUUUUCAUGUCAAAGGUCAUUUAGGUUACAAACCUUUUAAGUACGCGCUAUGUCAAAAAGAGUUUCUAACUGGCUACCUGUUAAAGAAGCACAUGGAGGUCCACGUCAGCGAGAGGAGGUAUAAAUGCGGCGAGUGCGGCAAGCUAUAUAAAACUAUCGGACAUGUUCGUGAACACAUGAGAGCCCACUCUGAUGAAAGACCCUACCGCUGUCACAGAUGCAACAAGGGAUACAAGACCAAGAAUGCCUUACAAGUUCACCAACGGACCCAUGGUGACGAGAAACCCUAUGUGUGUGAGUUCUGCCUCAGGGGCUUCAGAGAAAAAGGCUCUCUGGUGCGACACAUCCGGCACCACACUGGAGAGAGGCCUUUCAAGUGCCUGAGGUGUGGGCGGGGCUUCGCUGAGCACCGGACUCUCAACCGACACAUGCGCCCUAAAGGAGGCUGCAAUAGGGAGAACUCCAACGAACAGCAGGGGGCAGUAGCGGGUGAGCAGGCCGCUGUGGACAGCCUCAGCACAGAGGAAGUUAUAGCAGAAGAUCCUCAUGCGGUGCUUGUGGAGUUCUCCUCAGUGGUGGCAGACACGCAGGAGUAUAUUAUAAAGACUCAAACUGGAGAGGAAAUGCAGGAAGAAGUUACACUCAUUCAGGACAGCCAAAAUGAGAUGGGAAACCAGAUCAUGAAAGCGGUGCAGCAGAUUGUCAGCCAGUCCCACAGCGCGGGCGGCCACCAGAUCAUUGUGCGAAACGUGGGCGCGGACGAAGAGGGCGCCUCCAUCUCUGACUGCGGGGACACCAUCACCAUCGCCACACCGGAGAGCCUGACGGAGCAGGUGGCCAUGACGCUGGCCUCCGCCAUCAGCGAUGGGACGCUGCUCGCCACUAGGGGCACCACUGAGGACGCUGAGGGGACUGUUACCAUGGUUACCACAGAGGAAGCAGUAGAAGAGGAAAUACAGAUGGUGCAGCAGCAAGAGGAGUAUGUCAUCACCUCCCAAGAGGAGGUGGAGGUUCAGACUGUUGUAUGAUCAAAGAGGAUGCCACCAAAGAACUC